GCCUCGUCAGUCGCCUGCGUACCGUUGUCGGAGUGUGUUGUCUACUUUGGUUACUCUACUACCUACGCUCACGUCGACCUCGAGGCACAAUAAGUAAAUAUAAGAGGGAAACAUGCUGAAGUCUUACCCCACGCGAUUUCCCACUAGUGGAACUGGUGGUACCCGGGUGAUUCGCUUGACAGUAGACCAGGAAGCGGUUCUUCAAGAACAGUUUAAUAGGUGGCCAAGAGCACCUUAUACCGCGGACAUUGUACUGCUCGCGGCUGAAACUGGUCUAUCCGAGGCUGAUGUUGAAGGAUGGUACGCUAUCAGAUUGGCUCAGUGGCGGAAGGAACAGGGUCUUGGCGGAAAUAUUGGAUUACACUGAUUGUUACUGGGAGACGCGACAAUGUUAUUUCACUUUGUACCUGAAAUUCUGAUUUAUGUACGCACACAGGAAACUGGACUGAUGGCAAAUUAUGCGCCUUAAUGUACCUUAUACUUCAUAUUCAUAAAAUCGAUUAUUUAGCAAUUGAAAGUUUUUAUUAGAUUGAAUAUGUAAUUGAGUUUAAAAUUUUGUCAAAUUUAUAAACGUAGUUUUUUUUAUUUGAACAUAUAUAGUUAAACAUUUAGAUUAAUGCGUAAAUAUAUACAUAUAUAUUUAUUUUUUAUUUUCUUUUUAAUGACAAAUAGUCUUAAAUAGUAUAUACAAGCAUACAUACUAUUUAAUUAUUUUUCAUUAACAAAAAUAAUUAAUUUAAGAAAAAAUAUUAUUUAUUGCGUAGUUUUAAUAAAAUUAUAUUGUUAUAUUAGAGGAAGUCCAAGGUUCAUUAUAUUAAUGGCCAGUCUAUGUACAGAAAUGUUUUAUUCUUAAAUUAUGCACAAAUUGCAAUCAAUACAAAUGUAUCUGAAACAAGCAAGUUGGGGGAUAUCUCAGUUUUUUUUGGCUGCCAUAAGAAUAUUCAGAUAAAAUGGCAGCUAUUUUGUGUUAGGUGUCAAUAUAUUGCAUCAACCACCAUGUGUGUUUUUGCAAAAUUCAUGAGACACGUCCGAUUAGUUGUUGUCAUAUCCGGAAGAAGACAACUGUUUUAAAUUGAUAACUGAUUUUUAAUAAUAUUGAUAAUCAAUUUAAAACAAUUGAUCAUAUCUAUUUUAUAGCUUAGUAUAGUAAAGCUAGUUUAUUUGUUCAGACAUCCACAUUUCGACUAAGUAGUAUUAUAGUAAUAAAGGUAUGCGCUAAGUCUGCACUUUAGCUAGAUAUCAUAAAACAUGUAUCAUUCCUUCUCUGGCACAUCAUACAUUGGUAUUACUAAGUAUACGUUUACUUUCUUUUUAAAUCAUGAGAAACAAUGCAGAAACGAACUUGAUAUCAAAUCCUAAAGUUUGAUAUAGUAUGCUUAGACUGUAGUAAAAGUAAAAAAAAGAGAAAAAGAAAAAAAGACUAAAUUAUGUGAAAAGUGUAUUCGGAAAUAAAAACCGACUCCUUGUGCACAUCUGAUCGUGUUACAUUCGAAUAAGUCAUUUUUUUCAAUCAUGAUAUUAUUACUCAACACUCAGGCAAUUGAAACAUAAAAAUCUAGUGUUGUUAAAUAUAAUUAAUAAUUAUAAAUCAAAAACUCAAUUUCCUCAAGUAAAUAGAAAGGAACAUCAUUGGGAAUACCUUUGAACCAGAAUUUUUUUACAGCUGCCGCCUACCAUUGUUAUUAAUUAACAACGGAAAUUCAUUUUCCUUGCACAUCGAGUUGCAUCUUAGUUAUGUCGCAUUCAUUUUGCAGAAUUGCUUCUAUAUAGAGCAUCAAUAUCGAAGUUGUUAGAAAAGGAAUUAAAGUAUUUCACUUUAAUAUAAUGUAAUUUAAUUUAAAGUUCAUUCGAAAAACACUGAAUUUGUUUAUCGGAUAUUAAUAAAGAUGAGAGCCAAAAUAAACCGAAAA